AUGACUGCUCACUCCACAACACACAGCUUUUUUAUGGAAAUGGCUGUCAAGGAAGCGAUGAGGGCAUUUGAUGCACUAGAAGUCCCGGUGGGAUGUGUUGUCGUCAGGAAUGGCAUUGUGGUGUCUAAAUCUCACAACAUGACAAAUGCCAACAAAUCACCACUAGAUCACGCUGAGGUUAUCUCUAUUAGAGAUGCAGACUGCUCAAAUAGCACAUUCUACGUGACCUGUGAACCGUGCAUCAUGUGCAUGGGAAUACUAGGAAGAUUGAAGGGGGUGGAGGUGUACUAUGGAUGCAGGAAUGAAGUCUUUGGAAGCGAAACAGUAUGUGGGAUUGGGAUAAAAAGUACAUAUCUGCCAGACAGUCGGUGCUUUGAGAUACUCCAAAGGUUCUAUACCAGAGAAAACGUAUUUGCUCCCGACGAGAGGCGGAAGCUAAAGAACCACCAGUGA